AUGAUUAAUAGUUUCAAGAGAAAGGUGGAUUUUUUAAAAUCUAUUUUACAAGAGAAAAAUAGAAAGCGUCGUAUGGAAAAAUUACUUCACGCUAGUAAAGAUCAAAUCAAUGCCGUCAGUGAAUUCACGUUGAACAUGUUGAAGAAAAAGAUACCUUUAUCACCGCCCAACGUUGCCAAACUCAAGAAAUAUAGAGUGAUGUUGAGAGAGUUGGGUAAACGGAGGAACUCUUUAAGAAAGCGGCGUCAAUUACUUGUGAAUCAAACAGGCGGUAGCUUUUGGAGUGGUAUGAACGACGCGUUCUCUCAGUGUUUCAAGAGAUCAUGACUGUCACCGUGCAAGAGGGUAUAAACGAAGUGGACACGGGUAUAAAGUUUGAUUUGCAAUUCAACUACGACGACGACGACAGUGACUAUAAGGAUUCAACCGAGUGUAGACUCACAAUAGCUCAACUGUUUCGGUGGUUGCGUAUACAUGUGGUGGAACCCUUGUGGCGAUUAUGGAGACGUUCCUAAUGGUGAAACCCGAUGAGUUUCGAGCUUUGGUAGAUUAUUACAAGGGAAAAAUUACUGAAAGUACUCUUCUGGACAAAGCCGCACGCGUGGCCGCCGAAGCAAAACUGCUAUUAGAAGAUACAUCUACUCCUGCUGCUUUAAAAGAACCUGUGGUAAAAGAAUUGUUAAUGCAAGAACGCAAGCUUACUGACAAAUUGAGACAGAUUCCUAUCGCUGGUGGUGUAGAACCUCCACCUCGAGACGAUGAUGGUAAUCUCAUGGAGGGGUUGCAAGAGGGAUUGUUAAAAGAACUCAUUAAAUCCAUAAAUAUGAGGGGACAAGCCGCUGUACCUUAGAUGACACUCAAGAGGGAACCUGUCACACCUGUGGGGAUCAAGAACGAACUCGUCACCCCUGCGAAACCGUGAACGUCCAAUAUUCCUUUUCUCACAGCUCCAUCCCAAAAGAUACAAAAAACGAAACGAAAACUUCCUGUUCCCACACCGCAAAAGCAUUGCACGGAGUUGGAAUGACUCAAAGAAUUUGGUAACUGGGAACCUUGGGAAAAGAGAGGUUACGACCCGUAUCAAGUGUUUGAAGAUGACGAAACGCCAAAGUCGAAGAAAGGCAAAGGGAGGGGCAAGAACCGUCCAAGCUAAGGCUAAAAGGAAACGACAGAGAGGAGGAAAAUUUGAUAUUCAGAAAUGGAUUUCAAAGUUAGGUGUCGAGUUUCAUUGGCCCGGAUACCAGUAUACGGGUCCAGGUACAAAAUUAGCCAAGCGAUUAAAACGUGGUGAUCCAGGAAUUAAUUGUCUUGAUAGAUUAGCCAAACAGCACGAUAUUGAUUACAGUAAAGCUAAAUCACUCGCUGACAAACAUAUUGCAGAUCGUAAGAUGGUAGCCGGAAUCGAUAAGUUUCCAGGCAAGAAGAGUUUAACCGAGAAAAUUGUGAAGCGAAUCAUGCAAGCUAAACUUAAAAAAAAAUUGUAA